AUGUCCACCGUGGAUAAUCUUGCAUUGGACUUGACACACCUCUCCUUUGAUACCCAACCAGAUCUUCUUGCAACGACCACUCACGCAAGCUCAUUUUUAUCUUCAUCGGCUUCCUCAUCCUCUCGACCAGUGAGCCGUAAUGGCGGUGGAUUACCGUCUAUCACAAUCACGCAGGAGAAAAAAACACCACGCAGCAGCCAUCGUAAUCGUCAAUGUGUACCCAGCGAUGAUGAAGACGAUGAUGAAGAUGAAGAUGAAGGCGAUAGCUCUGAUGAUGAAGAUUUCAAGGAAAAAAGGCCGGCAAGUUCUAUCACGUCAAAGCCGCCGCCACCACCACAGCAUCGUAAAACACAACUUCCAAGUGAUGACGAAGACGAUGAUGAAGAUGAUGAUAGUGACGAUGAAUUGGUGAUUGCACCUAGUCCAAUGUAUCGACGUUUGAGUGGUGUUGGAUCAACAAGCAACCUUGCCGGUACUAGUAGUGGUGGUCGACGUUCACCUACUCCACAGCAACAUCAUCCUCAACAUCAACCACAGCAACGACCUAGUGAAGUAGCCAAGCGACAUUCGGAUGGACAUCUUGAUUUAUCGGCGACUGAAGGCACACAUAUCCAUCACUUGCAGCAAAUGCAACAAUACCAACAGACUCAGCUAGCGCAGUUCCAACAGCACUACAACAACAAUCUGUCAGCAUCAGGAGCAGGAGCAGGAGCAGGAGGAGGGGUAGCACAGCGACAUCAUCGUGUGAGCGGUAUGGAUUUGCUUAAGCAAUUGGAGCAAGAAAAAGCUGGGAUGAAAAGAAACACCAAACCCAAAGUCAACACGUCGCAUGUCAAGAUUGAAAAAGGGUUAUUGGCCAACUUGCCCGAACCUGGCUCACAUAGCAUUAGCUUUCAAGCAAUGCAAAAACAGGCAUCUGAGCAACAAAAGCAACACCAUCGUCAGUAUCUUCAUGCAGCCAACAUGUAUCAACCUCAACAACAACAACCACAACAGCCAAACUUUGUAUACCCCUAUCAAAUGGGCGCUGCCGCCGUAUCUUCCUCGCCAUCCCUUAUCAUGAUGGAUCCCAACCAAUACCAUCACAUGCAACAACAACAAUUUUAUCAACAACAACAACAACAGCAUCAUCAUCAUCAUCAUCAUCCACCAAGCAGACCAUCGAGUGCCAUGAGUAAUCAUCACGAUGCUGCAUCACGUCGACGAACGGGUGAUUAG